AUGGCUAUGAUAGUGAGCGCCGCGCCGUCCAGGUGGAGCGGCAAGAGACAGAGUGUGUUCAGAUCAGUCUUUGACUCCGAAAUCUCGCAACCUACUCCUCAUUCGAUACCUUCUCAGAGGUUCAAGCCGCAGGGAGAGCCGCUCGGCGGCGCACUAUCACCGCCACUACACCAUCAAUCAUCCUCCCGCUCGCGUUUCCCCAGCCAUGGCAAACCUUCAGAAUUCCACGUCUCGUCUUCAUCUCGGCCUUCAAAAACCUCUGCUUCCAUGCCGGCCAGCGACCAAGUCCGGUGGGACCAAGCAUGGCACAUUGUGACGACUCGUAUUCAGCUUCCGCCGUCAGUGGCCGCUGAGGACUCCUUUGGCACUUUGGCUCCGGAAUCCCAGGAUUACGAUGCAGACUUUUAUGACAGUCUAAAGCUGGUUCUCCAUCCAGCGAAGCACGCUGAGAAAGCCGCUAGUACCGAGGACAUCCUUUCCUGGCAUACUCAGCAGGUUCGCCACCACUUCGCCCAACAUGUCCUCCCCCUACUUUCCGCUUGCAACACGUACGGUGACCAAUCCCAGGUACUCCUCGGAAGCAUCCAUACUUUAGAAGCAGCUCACCGCCAGUAUCUUUAUGGACUGUCUCUUAUCGUGCGGGGCCUUGAGAACAAGAAUGCAGACAUCGCCGUCGACAAGUUCCGCCGUGAUCUACACGCAGUCAUCGGCAACUCCAUGUCGCAGGCGCUUAUGGAGUCUCUCCGAGCUGUCCUGAGUCGCCUGAUGAGGUUGGUUCUGGGCAUGCAGCAGACCAGCACUCCCUCAAGCUUCCCUCGGACAACCGACCUCGAAGCAGAUCGUCAGGCAGCUCGGCAAGAGCUUCUGCAAUUAAUUGAGGCACUGCACAAAGUAGGACUGGCAGGCGAGAGGUUCCAGGUCCUAUUCGCUGAACUCAUGGAUGCCAUGAUGGUGGAGCACAUUAGAACGUCAUUCGCGGGCGCCUGGACGCAGUCGAAAUCUGAUGGCGGGAAGGAUGCUCCGCGCGCCUCGUCUGUGCCUCGCGCUACGAAACUUGGCACCCCUUCACGCUGCAUUGCUGCACUUUGCAACUGGGUCGAGAACCAUUACUCGCGGCUAGCAGUCGAGGUGUUUGCUCGCCUUAGAAGCGGGGACAUUGCUUGGACCGAUGUCGAAAAGUGGAAGGAGAUUGCCGUUGGGCGAUUAGCAGUCAUGCGUAUUCAUGAACUCUUUGACAUCGUUCUCCAAUGGCCCCACAGCAGAGGCGCUCUCGAUGACCUCCGAAUGGCAAUCACAACGCCGCAGAGACGGCUACAACUGACGGACACGUUUUCGGCAGCGUUACAGAAACGGCUGUUGCACCCGGGACGGUCAACACUGGAUAUACUACGGGUAUACAUUUCCAUGAUCAGGACGUUCCAUGCUCUAGACCAUUCCAAAGUACUACUGGACCGUGUGGUCCAUUCGCUGCAGCUUUACCUAUGCCAGAGAGACGAUGCGAUCCCCAUCGUCGUGACUGGACUACUAUCAAACCCGGAUAACUCAAGUACAGAGGCAGGCAGUACUAAGCUUAUCGAGCUCGCCAUUCUACUCAACGAUCCAUCACAGCAGAGAGGACCUGCCGUGGAGGAUGAGGGACUGGACUGGGACGACAUGGAAUGGAUCCCGGAUCCCGUUGACGCCGGAGUCAACUACAAGCGUCCCAAGUCAGAGGAUGUCAUCGGGACCUUAAUCAGCGCUCUGGGUUCUCAGGAUAUAUUUAUCAAGGAGUUCCAGAAUAUCAUCGCAGAGAGGUUGCUGUCCACGCAGGUGGAGUUCAGUCAAGAAGUCCGUGUGCUUAAUCUACUGAAGAAGCGGUUUGGGGAUAAUGCCUUGCAAAACUGCGACGUCAUGAUAAAAGACAUUCAAGACUCGAAGAAGCUCGACGCCAUCAUCUCCAAGACGGUCAGGACAGGCGUUAUCGGUUCCGUUCGUAAGGCCCACAAUACUCCGUCAUAUCAUACCAAGAUUCUUUCUCGGCUCUUCUGGCCAACUAUGGACAGAGAGCAUUUCAUCUUGCCCGGGCCUGUCGUCGAGGGUCAAGGACAGUACGAAGGCGAGUUCGAGCGUCUCAAAUCCAACCGCAAGCUUACAUGGCUCAAUAAUCUCGGAAACGCCACUGUAAGCCUUGAACUCGAAGACAGGACAGUUGAGAAGGAGUGCAAGACGUAUGAAGCCGUUGUCAUAUAUGCAUUCCAAACAGACGAGUCUUACAGUGGACCGCUUCCCGUACGUCGCACAGUUGACGAGCUUGAAGAGGUGCUGCAAAUGGACGAUGAUCUGAUUCGCUCCGCCCUUUCUUUCUGGGUUGGUCAGCGUGUCAUCCGCGAGAUUGAGCCGGGCACCUUCAUCGUCAUUGAGAAGCUAGAUGACGAUGCCGACGAUGGAGGGAAUCCACCUGGACCCGGCCCUGGUGAUGCUCCUGCGCCCGACUCAGGCGACCUUUCACCCAAGAAGCCGGGCGCGUUGGAUGCCAAGGAGAAGGAACGUCGGCAGGUGUACUGGCAAUUCAUUGUUGGUAUGCUGACAAACUCGAGUCCAGCCAUGCCGCUGGUCCAGAUCGCCAUGAUGAUGAAGAUGUUGAUAGCGGACGGGUUCCCAUGGAGCAAUGAGGAGCUGCAGGAGUUCCUUGCAGAAAAGAUGGCGAUGGAUGAAUUGGAGCUGGUAGGAGGGAAGUAUCGACUGCCAAAGAAAUGA